AUGGCCGAUAUCUUGUUCGAGGAUAUAUUUGAAGUUAAAGAUAUGGAUCCAGAUGGAAAAAAAUUCGUUCGAGUUUCAAGAAUAUUUUGUGAAUCAGAAUCAUUUAAAAUGGAUUUAAUAUUAGAUGUUAAUACUCAAAUAUAUCCAAUGGAGUUUGGUGAUAAAUUUCGAUUAAAAAUAUGUACAACAUUAAGAGAAGAUGGAACACCUGACAAUGGUGAAUUUAAUCAAGAUAGUGGUCCAAAUAGAGCUGAUCAAUUUGAAUAUGUAAUGUUUGGACAGGUCUAUCGAAUUGAAGGUGACGAUACAGGUGUUGAUACAGCAUCAAGAUUAUCUGCGUACGUUUCAUUCGGUGGAUUGUUAAUGCGUUUACAAGGUGAUGCGAAUAAUUUACAUGGAUUUAAAACCGAUUCAAAUGUCUAUUUAUUAAUGAAAAAAUUAGCUUUCUGA